AUGUCCGGGAAAGGUAAAUUAAAUUUAAAAAAGACACCUGUCAAAGUUCGUGAAAAUAAAUCCCAAGCGCCAGUCCAAGCAGCAGAAACAAGUUCUGACGGGAUUGAAAUGUCAUUUGCACUGUCUGUAAUAAAAGUAUCUGAGAAUAGUAAAUUAUUACCUCGUUACACAAGUAUUCUUCAGCGUACAAAUGAAGACAGUGUUGGAAUGGAAGAUUUGGAUACUCUCCAGCUAGAAUUGGAGACUCUGUUGUCAUCAGUGGUGGUGCGGAGUCGCUUAUUGCAAGAAGAAAUAACAUGUUUGACGUCCGCCGAAGAAAGACGGGACAAACGGUCCAAGAGCGGCAAAGGUUUGUCUUUUGAAAAAAAAUUACGCGAUGAAAAAUCGCGUAUUAAAGACACGUACUUCAAAGGACAGUCUCCUUUGUCAACAAAAUUGCUGAAAGCUAAGGCACUUGUAGCAGGUAACUCAGCAAAUCAAAUUGUACCUAAUCCGCAUGAAAUAGUUAGAGUUGAAGGAUCUAAAACAGAUGUUCCAAAAUUAUUGCUGCCUAAAAAUGACACGACCAAUAAAUUUUGGGCGUCUGUUGAUUCCUACUGUGCUGAUAUUAUGCCAGAUGACAUAAAGCUCCUGGAAGAACUGAUAGCAACUCACUCAGAUCUUGGAGAGUUCAAAAAAAUUCCCCCGCUAGGAAGACACUACAGCUACACUUGGGCGCACAAUGACCUGCUGCAAGAAGAAGAAGCGAGCAAUGUAAAUCGUGAUAAGAAAAAAAACCGGUCAGAUGUGUCCACGUUGAUGUCGAAGGUCGACAAAAAAGCGACUAGCAUUGCUGGUCCACUGACUCAACGAUUAGUCUCAGCGCUGAUGGAAGAAAAUGUCUAUACUCCUAAUAGUGACAGCAAGGUAUUUAGAGAAGGUGAUCCUCCGGUGCUACGAGAUCUCUCUAUUCAAAAUUCAAUGAACCUGGAGAUGCGCAUGCACAAGGAACUCGUGGAGCAAGGGAUCUUAGAACCGGAUUCGCACAGGAAGAAUAAUGAAGAUGAUGAAAUUCUUGCGGAGAUUAAACGCUGUCAGCAGGAUCUUUUGACCUUAUCUAGUCACAAUGUGGUUCAGUUGAAACGACUGUUGAGUCUUGCUCAAGAAGAGAGUAAGCGGCAAGCGCUUAAACGGAAAAUCAGCGCUAUUGAUAGUGAAGUUGUGGAGCAUUAUAAUAAAUUAAUUAUGUCAAAGCAACGCAAGGUUCCUUUGACUAAAAAAGAACAGGAAAAAGCUUGGGCUAGUCUCAGGGAACGAGAAGGAUUGCUUCAGCAACUUAAUGUUUUACCCUCUAAUAAUGUCGGAGAAACUGUAACUAGUAAUGUUGGAACGUAA